CUUUUAGGCGGGACUUCCGGAAGCUUCCCCAAGUCGGGCGUCUUGGCAGCAUUAUGGCCCAAACUUUGGAGCCAGUUUCGAGUUGAUUGGCGCCAGAAGUCACAAAAGGAGACUUACUUGCCCCUGAGGGAAUAUUGAGCGGUGACGGAGUAAGGAGAUCCCAUCUCCAGGGCCAAGUGACAGCGGUCCCUGCUCGCCCUACUUUGGUGCUGCUUAGGCAGGUGAGGGCGGUGGCCAUGAACCCUGCACAGAUCCUUUAUGAUUCCUGAAGGAUGGCAAGCAAGAGAGUCCUGGGCACCUGACUGAGAGGGGAUGACUCUAAGCGCAGCAGAAGGAGCUUGGACCAACUCAAGUUGUUGGUGUGCAGUGAAGGAUGAAGCAGAGCCUUCUGAACCAAGCAUUUCUGUUGGAGUACCACAUGUUAACAUUCCCAAGGCAGGUUCCUUCUUCACUCAGACAACUUAUCCUUGUGACCUAUGUGGCCCCAUUUUGAAUGGUCUUUUGGAUGUGGAGGAACACCAAGGAACAUACCCUGCACUUGUAACUUACUCAUGCAAAGCAUGUGAGAGACAGUUCUGGUUAAGUGAAAACUUUUGCCAGAACCUAAAGCAUAAUAAUGUCGAGAAUUCUUUACAAAAGAAUGACAGUAGAGCCUCAUUAUUUAAGAAUUUCAAAGUUCAUGUAAAGCCCUACUCUUCAGAGAAGCCCUCUGCAUGCAAGGUGGAGCAGAGGAACCCUCAGGACGGUUUGACUGGUCACCAACAAAAGGUCACCCUUAGCAAGAAGAGAGCAGGGAGCACUGAGAAUGGAGAGGACUUCCAUGUUGGACAAAUGCAUUAUACAUGUGGUGAGUGUGGGAAAGGUUUCAACCGCAAAGAUACCCUUGUGCAGCACCAGAGGAUCCAUAGUGGAGAAAAGCCUUAUGAGUGUAGUGAAUGUGGGAAAGCCUUCAGCCGCAAAGCCACACUCAUACAGCACCAGAGGAUCCAUACUGGAGAAAGGCCUUAUGAGUGUAGUGAAUGCGGAAAAGCCUUCAGUCGAAAAGACAACCUCACUCAACAUAAGAGAAUCCACACUGGAGAAAUGCCUUACAAGUGCACUGAAUGCGGGAAAUACUUUAGCCAUCACUCCAACCUAAUAGUACACCAGAGAGUACACAGUGGCUCGAGGCCUUAUAAGUGCAAUGACUGUGGCAAAGUCUUCAGACACAAAUCGACACUUGUUCAGCAUGAAAGUAUCCACACUGGAGAAAACCCUUAUGAUUGCAGUGAUUGUGGGAAAUCCUUUGGGCACAGAUACACCCUCAUUAAACAUCAGAGAAUUCACACUGAGUCAAAGCCUUUUGAGUGCAUUGACUGUGGGAAGUUUUUUAGUAGAAGCUCUGAUUUUAUAGCACACCAAAGGGUUCAUACUGGGGAAAGGCCUUUCGUGUGCAGCAAGUGUGGGAAAGAUUUCAUCAGAACCUCCCACCUUGUUCGGCACCAGAAAGUUCACUCUGGAGAGAGGCCAUAUGAGUGCGGUGAGUGUGGGAAAGCCUACAGCUUAAGCUCCCACCUGAAUCGGCACCAAAAGAUUCAUGCAGCAAGAAAACUUUAGGGGUGCUUGUAGCACAAUAGUAUUCAGUCAGAUGUUGAAUCUCAUAGUGAGUGGUCAUGACAAGGAGAUGCAUUAGGAAUGGCAAGUAUGUAGGAAGCUUUCAAGAGCUAUGUUGUACAUUUUGACUAGCUUGAGUAACAUGCCACUGUCUCUUAGUACAUAUGACUGAAACUAUCUAAUCUCUUCCAUCUUAGUCUCUUCAACAGCCUGCUGUGGGAUGUUCUGUAUGCUAUAAAAAUGUGUUGCUAUGAUUGAUUAAUAAAUAAAACGCUGAUUGGCCAGUAGCCAGGCAGGAAGUAUAGUGUAGGCGGGACAAGCAGAGAGGAGAAUGCUGGGAGAAAGAAGGCUGGGUCAGGAGAUGCUGCCAGCCGCUGCAAUGAGUGGCAAGAUGUGAGCGACUGGUAAGCCACAAGCCACGUGGCAAGGUAUAGAUUAAUAGAAGUGGGUUAAUUUUUAAGAUAUAAGAACAGAUAGCAAGAAGCCUGCCAUGGCCAUACAGUUUAUAAGUAAUAUAAGUCUCUGUGUGUUUACUUGGGGGACACUAGUGAGACAGAUUUGUCCUGACCGUGGGCCAGACAGGACCAGGAAAACUUCAGCUACAACAACCUCUGGAAAGAAAAGACUUAUUUACUCUUCAAAGUCCCUAUAGUAAUUGUGAAGCACAUGAUAAGAGUAUAAUUCCCCAAUCUGUCAUAUUUGACUGGCAGAGUUGUGUAUAGCCAAGAUCUGAGCUAUGCUCUGUAUUUGGCUUGCAGACAUAAUUUACUUCUUGGAUGUUGUUUUAGUGUGAAAUAGUUUUUAUUUGCUUGUUUGAGCCAUUAUUUUUAUUUUGUCCAAGCUAGUCUUGAACUUCUCUUUCCUCAGCCUCCUUAGUAGCUGAGAGUUUAGACAUGUGCCACUAUCCCAGUUCUUUAUGAACUUUCUAACAUAAUGGGCAUCCCACAUCUUUAAGUCAUCCAACCAGAACAAGUACUUGCUUCCUAUUCCUUUGGCUUCCAAUAAUAAAUGCCUUAGAAUUUACAUUACUUUUAAUCUUAGGGGAGGUUGGAGUAUAGUGAAAACAAAGUUAGUAUUUGACCAGCUAAAGAGAUAAACACUCUAGUAUUUUAAAUGGGACAGCAGGUUGCUGAUGAGCAAUUCUGAGUCCAGUUACUGUGUUACCUUCUAUUGUUGAAAAACACUUCAUAGAUAAUAAUUCCAAGUAUUUGGAGGAUCUGACUUGACUGGAUUUCAGAGUUUUUUGAAGGACCACAAACUGGUAUAUUGUGAUAAUCUGCCAUGUGUUUGGGAGCAGAAUGGAUCAUGUGUCUCAUUUCUAACUCAUGCACUAUAUCUCCUUGCACCGUUGAGAAGACCUAUGUGGUCAGGAUUGGGAUGCAGGCUACCAGCUGUAUAUCGCAAAGUGCCACUAAACAAAAGUACAGAAAUAGUGGAUGUGAGUAUAUGGAAUUACAGAUUUGCUGUGGGAUGUUCUGUAUGGCAAAUGUGUUGCUGAUUAGUCAAUAAAUAAAACACUGAUUGGCCAUUGGCUAGGCAGGAAGUGUAGGCGGGACAAGGAGGAGAAUAAAGCUGGGAAGUGGAAGGCUGAGUCAGAGAGACACUGCCAGCCACCACGAUGACAAACAGCAUGUGAAGAUGCCAGUAAGCCACGAGUCAUGUGGCAAGGUAUAGAUUAAUGGAAAUGGAUUAAUUUAAGCUGUAAGAACAGUGAGCAAGAAGCCUGCCACGGCCAUACAGUUUGUAACCAAUAUAAGUCUCUGUGUGUUUACUUGGUCGGGUUUGAGCGGCUGUGGGACUGGCAGGUGAGAGAGAUUUGUCCCGACUGUGGGCCAGGCAGGAAAACUCUAGCUACACAGAUUAGUUUCAAUUAACUACAGGGGAAAUUCUCAUUGUAAGAACAUUCCUAAAUAUUCUACUCAUGAAAUCUGUGUAGUGUCAAAGGAUUUAUAGAACUCUUCAGCAUAAAGUGCUGUGUCACUUAGGACCAAGGUCACUAGUUCAGCAUAGAUUUUUUUUGGGGGGGGGGAUUACUAUGCCUUCCUGAGAUCUUUGCUAAAUGUCUUUGCUGUAUAGGCAGUAACCAAGAGAGUAAAAUGAUCCAAGAAUGUAACUUUUUGCACAUAACCAGAAUUCUUGGUUACAAUGAAAAUGACCUUCGUUGUUUACCACUGGGUAAGAUGGCUUCCUAAGAUAUUUGUAGUGAUAUGGUAGAAUUACUAUAUUAAUGUCUACUUGUUUGAUUCGUCAGUAGAAGUGGGUGGCCUAGAAUUUUAAGUGAAUUAUUUUUAUAGACUUUAUGGAGUAUAGUUAGCAAACUCUGUAUAUUGUAUAUAGUUGUGUAGUUUGAUAUAUGUGUAUAAUACUGUAAAGCCAUUCUAGCAGUGAUUUUGAACAUACCGCAGAACUCCAAAGUUACCAUGUGUUUCUUCAGGAUUCUUCUCAGUGUCCUUCACGCCCUUCAUUCAAUCCCUUGGCAACCACUGGUUUUAUUGUACAUAAGUUCUUCAAGAGGUUUAUGUCAAUGUAACUUCCAAGUAUUUAUGUGUAUUUUGUCUGCAGUUAGUCUGCAUAACUAGUUUGACAUGUAUUUGUGUUAUAUGUAUGAACAGCUCAUUUAUUAUUGACUGCUGGAAGUAUGGAUUUACCACAGUCACCCUUUACCAUAUUUGUCAUUUUUCAUGACCCACCUUCUAAAUAUUAAAAACAGUGAUUGCAUAUAUUCAUGUAUGAAUUUUUAUAUGGACAUUUAACUGAGAACAUUUUUAAACAGAAGUAUUGUAGUAAAAGGAAUAUAAUAAAGUGUGAAGAGAAAAGACUGAAGAUGUGAUUUGGGAAAUUGCCAACCCAUCUUAAUCACAAAAGUAACUGAAAUGAAGAGGUUCAUUGUCAGAAAGCAUCUUCUGAAGAAGUAACUGAGGAUGUGGCCGCACGGCAUUUACUAAUAGCAAGAUCAAAAAAUCAGAACAGUCUGUCACACAGGCUUCAGUUAAUACAACCAGAGAGCACUUAGGAUCUUUAAAGGGCUUCCUCAGACAUCUCAGCAAAAAUGUGUGGGACCAUUAAGGACCUAAACUCUGGGUAAAGCUCUUGUGAUGUACUGGAGAAUGAAGAGUCUACAAAGUUUUAUACCGAUAAAGAAACAACUUCUAUCUAAAAGGACAAUGCAGAUAAGAUUGAAGGGUGUCCUAGCUUGCUUUUCAUUGCUGUGAUCAGUACCACAACCAAAAACACCUUGAGGGAGGAAAAGGUUUAUUUGGCCUAUAGGUUACAGACUAUCAUCAGGGGAAGCCAAAGAAGAAAGUCACGCAGCAACCUGGAGGCAGGAACUGAAGCAGAAGCCGUGGGGGAAGGCUGCUUACUGGCUUGCUCCUUGUGGCUUAAUUAGCCUCCUUUCUUAUACAAUCCAGGACCACUUGUCCAGGGUUGGCUCUACCCACAGUGGACCGUGGCCUCCCACAUCAAUCAUUAAUCAAGAGCAUGCAUGCACCAUAAACAUGCCCACAGGACAAUUUGAUGGAGCCAAUUCCUCAUAUGAGGUUCCCUGUUCCCAGGUGACUCUAGUUUGUGUCAAGUUGACAAAAACUGUCCAAGACAAAGAUUUUAUGAGCUCUUAACAUUUUGCACAUAAGAAACAGGCUGACAGCUCUGAGCUACAGACUUUGUUAACUUUGAUGGUGAUAAUGUGAUUGAACAGAGGAUAAGCCAGUUUGCAGAGGUCUAGCCACAGAUAUUCCUAGACACUGAUACCUAGUUGAGUUUGCUAAACUGGAUUUCAAAUUUUUGGGGAUUGGAAAUUUGUUUUAGCCCCUUCCAUUUUUCUCCCCUUGUAGAUGUAACUCUAAACAGUCUUAUUAAAUAAGAAACACAGAGCCAAAUAAAGAGUUAAAAGCCCAAGAGGUCAGAGCACUAGUGAACAGCCUUUAGCUUACCAGCUGCUGCCCUCCUUCCCCUGAGAAAAGAGACCUACUUCCUGUGUGUCUGUAUUUUUUUAUUGACUUUCUGUUCUGCCUUCUCAUUGGUUCUAAACCCAACCACAUGACUUCUUCAUUACUGCCCGUCUAUACAGACCUCCAGGUAUCUACGGUUGGUACUUGGAUUAAAGGCAUAUGUCACCAAGCUGCCUAUGUCCUUGAACACACAGACUCUGCCUGCCAUGUGAUGGGAUUAAAGGCUUGUGCUACACUGCCAGACUUCUGCUAAAUGGCUUGCUUGCUAUUAGCUCUGACCCCCAGGCAACUUUAUUUAUUAACAUACAAAUAAAUCACAUUUCAGCACAAAUAAAAUAUCGCCAUAUUUUUAUUUGGGAACACAUGAUUAGUGUGCUAGUUUUAAAGGGUCACAGGUGAAGAUAAACUGCUUUGGAAUAAGUUGCACCAGAGCUUUAGAAGGUGAAGUUCAUGACUGUAGAACUGAGAGUGUGAUGAGAUAUGAAUUUUAGGUUAUAAAGUAAUAGAUUGAGACAUUUGGGACCUUGAGAUGGAAUCAUUUUAUUUUAAACUGGGAGGUCUAGAGAGCAAACUGGUAAGCAAGUUAGCUUCUUUGAAAUGUACUAUUUGCUAAUCCCUAGGUUCUGCAAAUAAAGUACCUUACAUGACCAA